ACAGCGCCUAAUUAUUACCUCUGCGUCUUACUGCUCAACCAAACAAAAAAAGAAUCGCUGUUUACAACCGCUACGGUGUUUUGUCGUUUCUUUUGGAAAUUGAUUUGCUCUUUAUCGAUACCGAUCUUUGCGUAUUGCUGCUUUUUUGGUAGUUUGGGCUGCCUAGUUUACUAUUACAUUGAUUGAUUCUCGUCGUCUCCCGCGUGACAGACACACCCCAAAGAAACCAGCCGUUAUAGGCCUCACCUAACCCAGACAACGGACAAGCACGAGAACACUACAUCAGCCGUGGCGCAGACUGCAGCACACGACGCUUCACGGUAAUCCCGACUGUUCCUCGGCUCAGCAGCAGAUGCUGCCAUUUAUACGUACCUAAGCCCAACGCUCGAUCUGAAGCCAGCAACGCUUCGCACCACCAAAUACACAUACAUACACGGCCGCCGCCAUGCCGGGAAUUCUUCCUAUGAAGGUCAUCAAAGUGGGCAAUAGCGCUCAGAGCCGCAUUGCCCAGGCCUGUGAUCGCUGCCGAAGUAAAAAGAUACGCUGCGACGGCGUCCGGCCCACGUGCUCCCAGUGCGCCAACGUCGGUUUUGAAUGCCGCACAAGCGACAAACUGAGUCGUAGGGCAUUUCCCCGUGGUUAUACAGAGUCACUCGAAGAGAGAGUGAGGCAACUGGAGAGCGAGGUCCGUGAGCUCAAAGACCUACUCGACGAGAAGGAUGAGAAGAUUGACAUGCUCUCGGCCAUGCACAGCGGGCGAAGACGAGCAUCUGUCACUUCUGCCACAACGCCUGCACCUAGUGACCUUUCAAAGGAUAGCCCGCCACCCAAGGAGGAUACAUUUCGCUUGCAAGCGUCGCCGCUGUUGCUAGGUGUGGAAAACUCGGACGCAUAUUUCAUGGGCUCCUCCAGUGGUCGCUCAUUCAUCCACACAUUCAAGAGAAAGAUUCAAGAGACGGGCAAGCCGUGCAGCGAGUUCAACCCAGAGGCCUUUUUGCACAUGCAAGGCUGCGCACCUUUGACCAGCAAGGUGUCAGCAACACCUAUGAGAUUACCGCCGCGCAUUUUCUCUGACAGAUGCGUCAAUGUCUAUUUCCAAGAAUGGGCACCUUUAUUCCCUAUUCUUCACAAGCCAACAUUCCUUCACAUUUACGAAGAAUUUGUGGCUGACCCUGAAAAGGUCAAGAACCCCUACAAAGUUGCUCAGCUCUAUCUAGUCUUUAGCCUCGCUGGACUUUCUGCCUCAUCCCCGGAUCUGCAGCAGCUGGCUGCCUGUGAGAAGCGAUGGGUGGAAGCUCUUGAGCCCAUGCUGUUGGAAAACACAAUGAGCACGUUACAGUGCGUCACGCUUGCUCUGCUCUACUUUACUUUGACAGCCGACUACCGUCGCCUUCAGCACUACAAGUCCAUUGCAGUCGGCUUGUCACAGCGUCUGGGUCUGCAUCAGAGCCAGAAGCGCUUUUCAUUUGGCGCCUUGACACUGGAGACACGCAAGAAAGUGUUUUGGACUCUGUACACGCUUGACUGCUUCUCUGCAGCAACGUUGGGCCUUCCUAAGCUGUUUAAAGAAGAGGAUGUACAGACUGAGCUCCCAUCUGAUACAGAUGAUGAGUACAUCACUGAAAAGGGCUUCCAGCCUACUCUUCCUGGUGAGCACACGCGCUUGUCAAAUGCGCUUGCCCUCUUCCGCGCGGCGCGAAUUCUGGCGUCUGUGUUGGAGAAGAACUAUCCUGCUGCAACAACGUACGACUUGUCGCUGCAGCAAAUGAGAAAUUUGGACGCAGAGCUUGAAUCGUGGUAUGAGAGUUUGCCUCCUCACCUGCGACUCAACUUUGUGCAAGACAAGCCCUCCACCGACGUGACUGGUAGCAGGUCUCCAUUCUUGGCCAUGACCUACUACUACAUCCGCACGCUCAUUUACAGACCGGCUGUAGGGUCAAGUCUCGGGUCCAAGGCUGCUCCGGCCUUGCUAAACAUUGCUGAUGCUAGCAAACACAUGAUUCAAAUCACCCAGCUGCUGGAGGAGAGAAAUCUGUCGUUUUCUUUCUGCCUGAACAAGUGCGACAUACUGGCCAUGUGCGCGCUGACUCUGCUGUAUCAAAUUAUCGAUCUCAAGCCCCAGAGCAAGAUGAUGAAGGAUGACGAACGUCUCGUCAAUGUCGUGGUAAAGAUGCUAGACCAGCAAAAAGCGCCUGGCUCUAUUGACUUACGCAAAGCGGCGCUGCUGCUGAUUUCGGUAGAUGGCUCUUCGCAACGGUCGGCCGGUUCGGCUAGCCCAUCACUCCAAAAGGCUCCGUCACCAUCUAAGUCCUCGUCGCAUGGCCGAAGAAAGAGCGGUUCAUCGUCUCGAAAUUCAGCGCCACAGCAGCAUCACAAGCAUGAUUCAUCGUCUCGCCGCAUGACUGCGCCUAGCUUACCUGCUGCCGAGUCUCUGGUGGAAACGGCGACACGCAAGUCGUUUGAAAUCGCGCACCCAGAGGGUAUGCUCAAUGCUAAAGACCCUCUGUGUCUGGGUCUCUCGGACGGCAUGACUCCCACAUCCACUUCGUCUGCUUCGAGAACCAACUUGGACUACUUGUCCCUGGGCAACACGCCGUCUGGCUCACGGCCCGCAACGCCGAGCCGCUCCCGCCAGCGCUCUGCACCUACGCUCAUGGCGCAUCAGACGCAGGUCAUGUCUAACGCGCAGCUGGCCGCCAAGAUGGCUGGUGUUGCAUCGAAUGAGUGGGAGACGCUGCUUGGCACCAUGGACGGAGGCAUCAACAACAUGUACGAUGCCAUUUACGGGGGCGCGACGCUCAUCUCGGAGCCGGCGCUGUCUAACACGACGGGCAGCAGCGAGUGGUCGCCAGACUCGUGGGACCUCAGUACAUUCAACCUAGGAGAUUUUGGAGCUACAGCUGAUGCCCCUCAGAGCGUGUUGAGUAUUAGUGAGGAGAGCCUGAGCUCUGGUGAAGAGCUGGCGACGUCGGAUCUUAGCCUCGGCCAGGCCAACGUGGACUUUUACAAGUUGCCUUCCACUGCUGCCGGCGGCGAGAGUUUUACUGUGGACAACCUCGAAGGGUUCAUCAUGUAAUUCUUUUUGUUUUGAUUUUCUUGUUGAAUUUUCUGAAUGACAUGACGGCUUAUGUAUGUAUGGCGUUUUGACAAGCGAGGGCUACCUGGAGUAGGUAUGAUGACUAACUUAUGGCGUCAUUUUUGGGAAGAGGGUGCGUUGUUGAGAUGAUAAUUUGAAUAUUCUGGUUUUAUGAGUGACUGCAAUUUCUAUUCUUCAUACUGCAAUUUUCCUAUUAUUUUCCAAAUUUUAUUUUAUUCCUCUGUAA